UCAAUUCCUUUUGCUUUCUCUCUCUUUCCGACCAAAUAUAGCAACCGUAAAGCUUUCUUCUUCCAUGGAGUUAGGGACACCUAUAAAUCGUUUUCUCUGAGUUGGGGUCUGUCUUCACCAUUCCAUUGUACCGUUGCUCUCUUGUGUGGACUGGGAUUCAGAUUCUCUAGAAUUUGAUGCUCCAAGGAAGGGUGAUUGUUGGGUUUCUUCCUUUUUGUUGACCUUGACUUGGGUUCUUCUGGGUGGCGUUCAGUGGUUGAGCGUCAAAUUUUCUAAGAUCAUCUGAGGAUUUGCAGAAUGAUUUUUUAAUUGGGUGAAAGCUAAAGAAAGGUAGUUUUCUUGCCUGAACUGAACUGGGUUUUUACGCAAUUUCUUAAACUUUGGUUCUGUUGCGUGUAAUGGAGUCUUGGAGUUAUGUUUCUGGGGAGAAGGGGUUUUUGUCUGAUUCAAGAUUAUCGCCUUCUGAUUCAUUUGCAAGAAGUAAAAGUGCCAUGAUGAACUGGGAAUUGAAAGGUCCAUAUAGUUUUGGCAACAACUUGUUCAUCUCAGGUCAACAAGCUACUGAGAAUCAUUCCUUUGGAGUAUUGAGUUAUGGAGAACCGGUAGGAAAACAACUAACCAAUGAUUCAGUCGGCGAAGUUUUAAGUAGUAGAGUCAGUGGUGGAAGUGCUGUGAAUCCAAUUAUGGGCACCCUGAAUUACCUAUCAGGAGAGGAUGAGUCCUCUUCCAAGCUUUCAAGCUCUGUGGUGGACUCUUACAGGAGGGAUUCUUCACUCAUAGAUUUGAAGCUGGGGAGGUUUGCUGAUCAUAGAGAUGAUCAAAAUUUUAACUUUCCUAAGGGAGGCCCCAUUCUGUCUUCAUCUGAGUCAUCUACACCCCAUAAGAGAGUGCGAGCAACAGGGCUAAAUUCUCACACUGCCUAUUGCCAAGUUUAUGGUUGUAACAAGGAUUUAAGCUCUUUAAAAGACUACUAUAAGAGGCACAAAGUUUGUGAAAUUCACUCAAAGACAGCAAAAGUUAUUGUCAAUGGAAUGGAACAAAGGUUUUGUCAACAGUGUAGCAGGUUUCAUUUGCUGGCUGAAUUUGAUGAUGGUAAGCGAAGCUGCCGUAAACGUCUUGCUGGUCACAAUGAGCGACGAAGAAAACCUCAAGUUGGUUUUCACUCUGGAAGAACAGGAAGGUUGCUUCAGUCAUAUAAUGAUAGCAAAUUUCAUGGGACCAUGUUAACAACUACAUCCUUUAUCUGCCAAGAUUUGUUACCGAAUGGCCUUUUGCAUCCUGACAAAUAUGUAAUGAAUGACUGGUGCAAACGUAUAAAAGCUGAAGAAGGGACUGGUUAUGGACCUCUGCCAGCCAUUCCCAUGGCAAAUGGGCAUUUUCAUUCAAAGUCUCUCUUCCCUCCUAGUGAUUUCGUAAAACCAUUUCCCCCUUUCCAUGAUAAUGUAGGUCUUACAUCAAAUGGAAUCAUUUUAACUGAGAACAGUGGCCGAUAUUCCCAUGAAUUUGGAGACCCAAAUUCUGUAUCUCAGGCUCCAUUCCAAUAUACUGCCCUAGAGAGUGAAGACUUCAAUGUUUUCAAUACAGCAUCAAACAUUCAAGGAUUAUCGGGGAUUUCAGACUCUGGUUGUGCUCUCUCUCUUCUGUCAUCUCAAUCACAGAACUCUUCAAGCCACUCGUCAGGAAUUCCCUUGGCACGUCCCUUGGUUGUGCCAACCAGCCAUACCCAUUACAGUAUGAGUCAAGUCUCUGAAAAGCUCAUUGGAGUAACUUCACAGGCCUCAACAAGUGCAUUAUCAAACAAAAUCUCUUCAUCAGGGAUGAAUUCAACUGAAAAGAGUCACUCAGGUCCCAUACUGAUAUCUAAUGAUAGUGAAGCUGCCAACUUUGAUAUCGCUGUUGGGAUUUACCAAGGGUCAGAAUUUGUGAAUGCCAAAAAUCCCCUAUCAUGUGAAGAGGGGCCAACUAUUGACUUGUUGCAACUAUCAUCACAGCUUCAGCAAGUGCAUCAAAGACAAUCCCUAGAGGGAAGCAGGAAAAUGAUGCUUUCCUCUGCCUUCGGAUCACAUAAGUCCAGUGCAUAUUAGGAAUUGACGUUUGAUAUGCUAAUUAUUAUAAGUUCUGGAGAUAUCAUCGUUGAUCUCUAUUCUUGAGGUAAAGAUAAAUGGGAUCAUUCGGAGCAAGCAAGUUGAAAAGUUCAUAUUCUCAGCUGCCCUUGUCACAUGCUGAUGCUGCUAACAACUUAGGCCUUUUCAGCUUCACUCAGCUGAUACAAUUGGGAAGUCAUUCCUUUUCAAGACACUGAAUAAUUUCUCGUCUCCAAUGUUUACUUGUUAUUUCCUUUGAUAAGACUUUGAUCAACAUUGACAUUUGUGAUUGUAGAUCAUAAUGGAUUACUUUGCAUUUCUGUCAAUUAACAAACCCCAAAUUUUUUC